CGACUGAGUAAAUCGCGCUUGCGCGUUAAGCAAUCCCUCUUUGGACCUGCGUCUCCACUGAAAAGAUGGCCAAGCGCACCAAGAAGGUGGGGAUUGUUGGUAAAUAUGGCACCCGUUAUGGUGCAUCGCUGAGGAAGAUGGUGAAGAAAAUUGAAAUCUCCCAGCAUUCGAAGUACACCUGCUCAUUCUGUGGCAAGACCAAGAUGAAGAGGAGGGCUGUUGGUAUCUGGCACUGUGGUUCCUGCAGGAAGACAGUGGCUGGAGGCGCCUGGACAUACAAUACAACGUCUGCUGUCACAGUCAAGUCCGCAAUCAGGAGACUGAAGGAGUUGAAGGACCAGUAAACCAGUGCGCAACGAUCACUGUUGGAUUUGGGACUUUUUCUAUAAUCAAACCGACCUGGACGUGUCCUCAACAUCCAAAAAUAAAGCAGUCUGGCGUGGA